ACGACGGAAGCAACAGCAACCUACGAUAAGAUAGCUCAGGUAGUCGCGAUCAGCUAGCAAGGUAAGCUAGAUCGAUCGAGUGAUCGGCAUGGCCAAGUCGUCAUCGGCACUGCUCGUCCUGGUCGUUCUGGCCGCGGCGGUCCAGCUGGGCUUCGCGGCGCGUCCCGUCCCGGUGCCGGCCGCGCAGCAGGCUGCCUCGGCGGCGUCUGAGGAGGUGAAGCGGCCGGACACGCUGCAGGAGGGGACGGUGCUGAUCCCGGGGAUCGGCCGCUACGAGAUCGGCAGCCACUACAUCCCCGACAUCACGGGGCUGGACCACAGCAUCCCCGCCGCCGCCAACGGGAAGUUCCUCCCCGGCGCCGACGACACCUGGGUGCCCAACCCCGGCUUCGAGAUCCCCAACCCCUUCCGCCCCGGCUCCUCCGCUCCCUGAAAACAUGCAUGCUGCCGGCGAAGGUGGUGCUCGAUCGUCGACGCGCGCCGCCCAGAAUAAUACUAUUCCAUCUUCGCCAUGCUUUGCACCGCAUGCAUUUGUGUGGUCCGUCCACGGUGGUCACCUCUCUGUUUUGUGCUUGAGUUGAGUGUGCACGAGAUGCGUACGUAGGAUGCAUCAGAGAUAUUGUUAGCAGUUUGUUGCUUCCAUCGCAAGUCCAAUAAGACAAUGAAUGGUAAAGUUUGUUC